AUGGCUGGCUUAAGAAGUCGAGCCCAUGCGCAUGCAUACGCUUCCCCCCUUGCAACUCAUGCCAUGCCUGUGCUGCUGUGUGCUUGGCUCUAUCUGCUCAACAUGGCAUUGGACGGUGUGGAUGGCAUCGUGGCUCGCCGCCUGCGCCAGGUGUCGGCGCUUGGUGCGAUCCUGGACGUUGCUGUGGAUAACGCACUGCGCACCGCCAUGUGGGCAGCUGCCAUGAACAGUGCCAUCCUGACCAUGAACAGUGUCAGACUCGGCAUGAACAGUGCUGGUGGGACUCUGUUAGGCAUGAAUAGUGCGCGGAUGCUGCAAGCAGCUGCCGUCCUUAUCCCGUGUGUGGAAUGGCUCACAUUCACCUGCUCCCAUGCCAGCACGCUUGGCAGUGGCAGUGGCAGUGGCAGUGGCAGUGGCAGUGGCAGUGGCAGUGCAACACAUACUCGUGGCAACGACACCACAGCACUUGCAGAAGGGGCGAAGGGAGGGGGUGGAGUGGCAAGGCAAGAGCAAGGGAAAGAUGUAGUGGAAGGUUCUAAGGAGCAGGCAAAGGAGAGGGGCAACUGGAAGGAAGUGUGGGGUGGCAAGAACGGCAGUCCGCUGCUGGUCUCCCUGGUCAUGCGGAAUGGCUUCAAAACGUACGUGACAUGGACUAGCCUGGCCAAUACCUCUCCCUCUCAUGGCCCCUUUCUAUGUCUCCUCUCCUUUCCCCACUUGUCCCCCUUCCUUCCUGGCUAA